GGGGGCGGGGUUUUGCGUGUGUCUCCGCUCUGAGGGCUUUGUCAAUCAGCAGGCUGUGAGAGACAGCGGCAGUAGCCAAUCAGCGAGUCGGUUCCCUUCCGGUACAUGCACUCGCACCUCCCGGGUUUCGACCGUUACUGGUGGCGCGCGCGGGGACUCAAAAUCAUGGAGGACACCCAGGCUAUUGACUGGGGUGUUGAAGAAGAGGAGGAGACAGAGCAACUCCAAGACUCCUUGGAGUGUAGCUUGGAGCCUGUAGGGCGGCUGCGUGUCUUCAGUAGUGUCCAUGGACCAGAAAAAGAUUUCUCACUGUACCUCGGGAAGAACGUGAUAGGCCGGAUGCCUGACUGCUCUGUGGCCCUGCCUUUUCCAUCCAUCUCCAAACAACAUGCAGUGAUUGAAAUCUCGGCCUGGGAUAAGGCACCUAUCCUCCGAGAUUGUGGGAGUCUUAAUGGUACUCAAACCCUGAGGCCUCCCAAGGUUCUGAGCCCUGGGGUGAGUCAUCGUCUAAGGGACCAGGAAUUGAUUCUCUUUGCUGACUUGCCCUGCCAGUACCAUCGCCUGGAUGCCCCUCUGCCCUUUGUCUCCCGGGGCCCUCUAACAGUAGAGGAGACACCCAGGAUACAAGGAGGAACUCAAUCCCAGAAGCAUCUGUUGGCUGAGGACUCAGAGGAGGAAGUAGAUUCUCUUUCUGAAAGGCGUGUGGUGAAAAAAUCAAGGACCUCAUCCACCUCUUUGACAAUGAUAGUUCCAGAGAGUGAUGAAGAAGGGCCUUGCCCUGUCCCGGGUGACCGUGGGUCACCUUUUGCCUUCAACUCCAACAGUGACACAAAUGAGAAAGAAUGUCCACAACCAGCAACAAGGGAGACCUCAGCUACCAGGAGAAGUGUCGCUGCAGAGGCAGAGCAACUUGAAGCUAAUGGAGUUGCAACUGGAAUCCAGCUUGAAAAGGAUCAACCUUCACUGAAGAAGAGGGACAGUGACAUAAAAGUCAAGAGGUAUGCAGGGGAUGGGGUGGCUCCAGUUGGGGUGAUUCUGAAGAGCAGCCAACCUUCUGGGGAGGACAGUGGCACAGAUGUGGAUGAUGACAGCAGGCCUCCUGGAAGGUCAGUGAAGGUCCAUUUGGAAAGGGCCCAGCCUUUUGACUUCAUCGACAGUGAUACUGAUGUGGAAGAAGAAGGGAUCCCGGCAACCCCAGCUGUAGUUCCUAUGAAGAAGAGGCGAAUCCUCCAUGGAAUUGGAACAAAGGGUCCUGGAGUAUCUGGUUUGGCAUACUUGCAGGAGAGCCAGGCUGGUGGUGAUACCGAUGUGGAGGAGGGCAAGGCCCCAUGGGCCAUCCCUCUGGAGAAAAGUCAAGCCUCCAUAGUGAUCAACAGUGAUACAGAUGAUGAAGAAGAAGUCUCUGCAGCCCUCACUUUGGCAUGUCUGAAAGAGAGCCGACCUAUUAUAUGGUACAGAGGUGCACGUGUGGAAGCGGACAGGGUCCAACCUGUGGUCCUUCUGGAGCAAAGCCAAAUCCCCGAGAGAGACAGUGACACAGAUAUGGAAGAGGAAGGGCUCCCAGUGGAAAAGAGAGCAACUGUCCCCAAGGGUCACACAGACAAGGUUGGAGCCCUUGUAAUAGCAUAUCCAGGAAAGAACCAACCUCCUCCUGGGGACAAUGAUAACAGAGUGGAAGCAGAUAAGAGCUUACCCAAGAUCUACCAAGCCUCUGCCACACUGGAUAUCAACACAAAAGUGGAGGAGGAAGUCUCAUCAGGGCCAGCUGUCGUACAUCUGGAGAAACAUCAGGUGUCUUUGAAGGGGACAAAUCAAACAGAUGUAGAAGCAAAGAGUGGGCCAGCAAAGCUGCCUAUGGUGCCUCUAGAGGAAGCCCAACCUCCUACACAUGGGGACUGUGAAACAGAUCCGAAGGAGGGUACGUCCUCAGCCUCAAAAGUGGCAGAUGUAAGAAAGAAACAGCUUCCAGCAGAAGGGGAUGCUGGGACAGAGUGGGGUGCAGCUGUUUUUGAGCGGGAGAGAGCUCUCAAGAUGGGAGCCCAGGGUGAAUCACCUAUGGCACAAGUGAAGCAGGACCUUCUCCCUAUCUCAAGGGAGAACCUUGCAGAUCUGGUGGUAGACAUAGGCACUCUAGGGGAACCCAUUCAGCCACAGAAAGAGGGAGCCCAGACCCCCACAGGAAGGGAGAGAGAACAACAUGUGGGCGAUGCCAGUGAUUCUGACGACAACUAUGAUGAUUCUGAAGAUCUGUAUCUACAGGCUACCCAGUGCUUUGUGGAAAGAGAGAAUCAGAACCUAGAAGCAAUUCAGGACAUAGAGGAUGAACCCACCCAGCUCUUCCUGUCUACUCUACCUGAAGAGUCUGGCUCUUCCCAUGGGAGAUUCCGGACCCCAGGCCACCUGAAUUGCAAGAUGCCACCUGCUAAGAAGGCUUCCAUGGUAAGAGCUGCUUUCUCUAUCUCUCAGAUCCAAGAGGUAAAAGCAGCAGGUAGAUCUGGGUCCACCCCAGAGCCCCAGCCUAAGGCCUCUCAAAGCCGUAAGAGGUCUUUAGCUAUUGUGGAUUCACCCCCACUUCAAAAACGGCCCCAACGAAGGGAAGUCUCCCAGAAGACAGCGUUCCUCAAAGAAAAAGGAGAUGAUACCACAGAGAGGCCAGAGAAGGAAGAGGACCUAGUGAUUCCAGGACCAGUCAAGAGAAAGGGAGAUGAGGGAGAGGAAGAGCCCAAGGGAAUACCAGGCCGCAGCCUCCGACGGACCAAACCUAGCCAGGAAUCAAUAACCCCCAAAGUGCUCUUCACAGGAGUGGUAGAUGCUUGGGGAGAGCAGGCUGUGCUGGCACUGGGGGGAAGUUUGGCCAGCUCAGUGGCAGAGGCAUCCCACCUGGUUACUGAUCGAAUCCGCCGAACCGUCAAGUUCCUAUGUGCCCUGGGACGGGGGAUCCCCAUCCUGUCCCUGGAUUGGCUGCAUCAGUCCCACAAGGCUGGUCGCUUCUUGCCCCUGGAUGAAUAUGUAGUGAGCGAUCCUGAGCAGGAGAAGAACUUUGGUUUCAGCCUUCGAGACGCCCUGAGCCGGGCUCAAAAGCGAAGGCUGCUGGAGGGCUAUGAGAUUCAUGUGACCCCUAGCGUUCAGCCACCACCACCUCAGAUGGGAGAUAUCAUCAGCUGCUGUGGAGGCACUGUCCUGCUCAACAUGCCCCGGUCCUACAAGCCUCAGAGAAUUGUGAUCACAUGCCCUCAGGACUUCCCUCGAUGCUCCAUUCCAUUUCGGGUUGGGGUCCCCCUCCUCUCACCUGAGUUCCUGCUGACUGGAGUACUGAAACAGGAAGCCAAGCCAGAGGCCUUUGUCAUCUCCACUUUGGAAAAGCCAUCCACCUGAAAACUCCAGUACCCUUUUCCCUCCCAGACCAGUAAAUAAAGUAUUUAAAAAUA